UUCACUUUUACCAAGUUGGUGGGACACCUGAUUUAAUUCUAUAACAGCUAAGGAAACACUAAAAUAGUACAUUGUAUGCGUGCAGCAUUUUAGCAUCGUUAAAUCGCAUUCCCGCAAUUGCAAUUUCUAAUUUAUUUUUACCCCUUCUCUUUUGUGAAUGGAUUGUGCUCGCCGGGCAAGUUCACUGCACUGGGCGGAAGAGUGAGUUUACUGUUAAGCAUUCUUUCUGUGUCUAGUUUAGUAUUAAACUAGUAUUUGCGGAAUGCUGGCAUCUCACCGUUGGUUACCCCUGGAAGCAAAUCCAGAUGUAAUGAAUCAGUUUCUUAAACAGUUGGGUGUGUGUCCCAGCUGGCAGUUUGGUGAUGUUUAUGGGAUGGAUCCUGAACUCCUAGAUAUGGUUCCAAAACCUGUUUGUGCAGUUCUUUUACUGUUCCCAGUUACAGAGAAGGUGGAAAGAACAGACUUAAAGUUGUUGCAUAGUGAAGUGUCUAUACUGGAAGGAGCUCCUUUCUCUGCUACUACUCAGCAGUCAUCCUCUUCAGUAGCCUGGACUGAGUCAGGUUCUUCUGACCAUAUACCUGAAGAGAAGGAUGUGAACAAGAAGAGGGCAUCAUCAGAAAAUAUACAGAGAGAGAUAGAUGCUAGUCUUCCAAAAAUUCCUUCUGAUGUACUUACUAAAACACAUGGUGGAAUAGGCCACCAAUCCUCACUUCUCCAGCAGAUACAGAGACCUUUUGUAGUGGAAUAUUUUGGCCCAUAUGUGAUUGACAUUGCAUGUAUCCUUUGUGGAAACAAAUUGUUGGAUGUCUGCAUCAGUAAACUGAAUCAAGUUGCAAUGGAAAAGCUAUUACUCUCAUUCCUAGCAGUUGUAGGACUUGAUUUUGGAUCUAGAAAUGAUUCAUCCAUGCGGAUGCUGUUAAUGAUUUGUAAAGCUAUUACUUUUAUUUUUGUACUGUAUAAAAGCCCUUCUGGGAAGUCUACUUGGAAAGGUUAUGCAAAACCAGAGUCUGCAUUAAAAAAAUUUAUAGAUAAUUCGUCUGCUAUGAGUCCAGAAGAAAAGGCAGAAUACUUAGAAAAUGAUGAGAGUAUCCGGUUAACACAUGAAAGCAGUGCACAAGAAGGUCAGACGGAGGCACCAAACAUAGAUGAGAAAGUAGAUCUUCAUUUUAUUGCAUUUGUUAAUGCCGACGGGCACCUAUAUGAAUUAGAUGGUCGCAAACCUUUUCCUGUAAAUCAUGGAAAGACAAAUGAUGAUACAUUACUUGAGGAUGCAGUAAAAGUAUGCAGAAAAUUUAUGCAGCGUGACCCAGAUGAGUUGAGGUUUACAGUGGUAGCACUUUCCAAGGCAUAAUUUUUCAAAUUAAGAGAGCUCUAGCUUUUGGUAUAAUAUACAAUUACACCGAUUUGCUGCCAUAUCUGUAAUACUGCACAUUUUAAUAUGUUCAUUUUCUGUUUACAUGUUAUGCAUUUAUUAACCUGGUACUUAUCAUAAUUAAACUUUGGAUCAGUG